AUGGUGAUAAGGCCUGAAACAAAUUCAGGCUUUUACAGGAUUUUAACCCGUUACCUCCGCGAUACCAAUGCAGUACUCCACCAAGUAGCUUUUGCUGUCACUAUGAUCGUGUUAUACUCUCAGGUCAUUGUGGUGUGACACGCGUGACUAUAGUCAUGUGAUCAGCAAGUCACACGAACUGUCGUGCCUCGUGGCACCCGAGUCGUCCCAAACGCAAACCUGAACUGGACAUUAAAAAUUUUUGUUGUAGCUUAAAAAAAAAAAUAAAUAAUGUCCAGUUCAGGUUUGUGUUUGUGAUGACUCGGGUGCCACGAGUCUCGACGGUUCGUGAGACUUGCUGAUCACAUGACUCUAGCCACGCGUGUCACGCCACAGUCCUUUUCAUCUUCUGGUGCGAUCCUAAUGAUGGCAAUCCAUUGAACUAUAGACAACACGUGAGUUUUUAGACCAACAUCAUUUUUCCCAAAACAAAAUGGCAAUAUAAACCGAUUCUAACCUGGUCUUUGAGCUCAGACACUUUUAGGAAUCUCUGUGCGUAGAUAUGGAAAAUUGGAUGACAAUUUUACAUUUCAGGAUUAGAUUCACUGACCAGAGUUGUCAAAUGAAUUCUUCAGUAGGGAUGCCUUCGAUGUAUAUCUAGAAUGACAUGUUUUGCAGCAUAUUGGGUUCAAACUGACCCUGUAGACCGCCACACCCUCCCUCCCUCCUCAAACAAUUUGGUUUAUCAUAAGGCCCAACAGAAGUCACGGUUUGAGAUUAAAAUAUGAUCUCCACAUACCGCUGAGCUGAAUUGAGCUUUCUCCAUUCUCAGGGUGUGCUGAGGGUGCGGAAACGUAUCACUCUGAUGGUCACAACAGUCAGUGUCAUGUUCGCAAUUUGUUGGGGAGCAGAGUCAGUUGAAUACGUAUUAAGAAUCGUCUCGAAUCUCAACAUCAUCUUUGUCCAUAUUACUACUGUCGACAUGAAGAUGCUGUUUAACUCAGCUGCCAACCCUCUUUGUGUGUGCCCUCCUGAACUAUCAGUCAAGGAAAUGAUGUGUUGCACACGCCUUGUGGCACCCAGGCCCUGA